UCCGGGGCGUGUUCUAUAAACCGACAGUUUGCCGCGUGCUCUGUGCCGCCGUGUGAACGCUCAACGCUUCUCAUGUUGUCUUCUUUUGUUGGCGGAUAAUUUCACCACGAAAUGGAGGCGUUCAGCCAAAUAAUGUUGGACUAUCCAGAGUUGAUGUACGGAGGAGUUGGAGUUACGGCGUUUGCCGCCGGUGGAGCGCUGAUAUACAAAAUUGCUACCAGAAAGAAGCCGACCCAUGCAAGUGUGAACUGCUGGUUCUGUGAUGAGAACACAGUGGUGCCCUAUGGGAACAAAAACUGCUGGGACUGUCCCAGCUGUGACCAGUACAAUGGCUUCCAGGAGAAUGGAGAUUACAACAAAACCAUCCCAGCUCAGCACAAAGCAGAUCUAAACUAUGCAGUAUCUGGAAGCCUUCACCCAUCUGAGACACUCAAGACACAGCAGUGGGUCAACUGUCAAAUGCUAUUGUGCAAGAAGUGCAAUAACAACCAGUCUUUAAAGAUCAAGCAGUUGGCAUCAUUUAUCCCGAGGGAUGAUGAAAACUAUGAUGAAGAAAUUGAAGCCUACAAGCACCACCUGGAGCAGACCUAUAAGUUAUGCAGGCCAUGUCAGACUGCAGUGGAGUACUACAUUAAAUAUCAAAACCGCCAGCUACGUACAGUGCUCCUUAACCAUCAGCUUCGACACUCCCGAGACUCAGUCAAGAGCUUUGAAAAGACCUCCUAUUCCCUGACCUCUCCCAUCGGAGUCACACUGCUAAGGGCUCUUGCCUUCCUGCUCUGUGCUUUCCUAGCUGCCACAUGUUUCUGUGAUUUUCCGGACUUGCCUCUUUCACCUAGUACCCCAAAGACAUUGAGUGGUGGUGUCACUCCUCUAAAAGCCGUGAAUGAAUCCACCACCAAAAAUGAGAGCAGUGGAGACGCAACUGUUUUGCAGGGUCUCCUGGAGCUGAUCCCAAAUGCUACCAUAGAAAAUGCCAAGCUGGUGUGGCAACACGGGAGGGACAACCAGCUGGCUGUGGUCUCUGUUGGCCUAUUGACUUGCCUCAUGUCUAUCUUCUUAGCAGGAUCUCCAAGGCUGAGGAGAAUCGAUGCUGUGGCCUCUGUCCUGUGGUUCCUCCUCCUGUGCGUCUACCUGGCUGAGAGCUACUUGUCUGGUGCCUCGAGCUGGAUGGACAUGGCAAAGCACAGUAUCAUCCCUGUGUGUUGCCUUGUCAGCUUUGCUGCUGCUGCGGCAACUCGCAAACCACAGGGUCUACGAAGAGGCAAAUAUCGAAGAUACCUUGCAGGCAGCCCUGCAGUGCCCCCAUUCAGCAGUCAGCUUCCUCUGCUCAGGCCUGACCUGGCUGAGAACUUCAUCCCCACCCCGCCCCCGAACCUCUCCAAGCUUUUCAGCUGCCAACAGAGUCGUCGCAUGUGCAAAGAUUCCCCUUCCUCGCUGCCUGGGCGCCUCAGCAGAGCCCUCUGCCUCGGCACCAUCCCCUCCUUCAAACGGACAGAUUCUGGUUACCUGUUCAGUGGAAGCAGACCAGCCUCACAAUAUAAAGAUUCCCCGCCUUCAGACUACUUUUCACUCAAGUCUGGGAGCCACCUAUCAUCUCCCAGUCCAUCUCCCACUCCUUCAAUUGCUGGGUCAUGUACAUCCAGCCUUUGUUCUGCCAGACAGCGCCGCCCCCUCAUCAGCCCUGCUCGCCUCAACAUCUGCACUCAGAAACUCUGGCUUUUCACAACGGAGCCAGAACCUAAGCAUUCACCCCCACCCACGUCUCCUCUAUAUUCCACUGUAGGAUCGGCCUCUCCCCUUUACAGUGGCUGCUUUUCACCUGACACAUCACCCUUCCAAAGCCAGAGUGAUUUGAGUGGGAGAGACAACAGUGUUAUUGAUGAGGAAGAGAGGAGCGAGAGAUGCAGCUCGUCAGGGUCCUCCGCCUGUGUGGUCGGCACAACAACACAGGAUCCGGAGAGCAUUCCUCCUCCGAACGGUUUGCUGAAGCGUCUUAUCUUGCCGGGGCUGUUAACAGCGAGCCUGACCACCAACCUGGUCUUCGCCUGCCUUUAUAUCUGCUACUACUGGAGAUGAUUGAUGCCCUGUCCUGAUUCCUCUCCAUUGGUCCUACCCCUAUAUAUGAAGUGCCCUGAGAGUGUCGCCCUCCUAAUGGAGCUGCAGGGGAGAGGGCUAGAAUAUGGAGCUAAAUUGCAAACACUGGAUUGCAAAUACAAAACCCCAUUAACAAACUAAUGCAUUUUGUUUUGCCAAUACAAAACGCACCUGACAAACAAAUACAUUACAUAUUACUAAUAUUGAACAAAUAGCCUGCCGCAUUUUUUACAAGUACAAAACAUAAAUCUCACAAGUACAAAAAAGUGACCCCCCCCCAUUAAGACAAAAAAUAUUAUUUUUACAAAUACAAAAAAAUAUAUUCUACAAGUAUGACACAAAAAAUAUCACGUGACUUUUGUCCCAAUUUUUCAAUUGGGAUUCACUCAGAAUUCAGCAGAUUCGGUUUGAUUCCACAUCAAAUUUGGACUAAAUUGCUGUAUUUUGUUUGAUAUAAGGUACUACAGCAGUGGUUUAGUCCAAAAGUACUUCAUAGUAUUUGUACAAAUACUUUGAAACGAUCUUAUUGCAAGAACAUGAAGCGCAUAAACUACCUAUGGAAGGAAAAGUAGUGUCAGCUACCGGAGGAGAUAAUAUUAGACUUGGAUUCAUUUCAAGUUAAAGUUGUGGGACUUCUAACACUCUCCUACACUUCAGAUGUUCCUACUUUGUAUUGUAUGUACUCUCUUAACGUUAUUUUGAAAACUGUAAGUAGUUGCUUAAUUCUAUUGUGAAACUAAAUGCAUUAGUUAGUUAAUGGGUUUUGAAUCUGCAAACCACACUGUGACUGGUAGGGAAGUAGUAAAACAUGGUUUGUUUAUUAAGGUUAGCCAUAAAUUUAGCUCCAUACUAAAAAAUCUUCCUCAAUAUCAACAAACAUUAUAAUAGUAACUCCUCUGGGAACUGCGGGACUGACGUCAGUCAGCGUGAUUACGUUAUUUCAGUUUAACGUUAGUUCUAUAGAAACAGAAAAUGUUGUAACACGAGCGGGGGUUUUUUAAACUUCAUAUACGGGACUCUGGAGUAACAAAUGUUACUUGUUACUUUCACUCAGACUGUUUACAUGCUUGUUUUCACAGUAUGAAAAGAUGAAAUUACAUUUUUAAUUUCAUACUUAGAUUUGUCAGCAUUUUACCCACAGCAGUCGCCAUGUUGAUUUGCUUUGCCCGUUCAUAAAGCAUUUGGGAAUUUCCAUCUACCCCUUCAUUUUCAGGGGGGCCCUGAAUACACUACAGUUGAAGGGGUGUUGAAGGGCUAGAGGGCCGCUACCCCUACAUCACAUAGAGAAGUGGGACAACACGACUCCUUCAGGGCCACCCACAAAACAAAGCGAGCCAAGCAGUAGGGCUAAGGGGUAAAUUGGUACAGGGCUUAAAUAUGGGUCUGCUGCUGUCAUGUCUUUAGACCUGGAGGUCGUUCAGCGAUAUCAGAAAACAUCAGAUCCUGGCAGUUACAUGUAUGUUGCUGUUAAUCAGAAAUACAGACGUCAGCAAAUGGAUUUCAAUCAGUCCUCCUGUCUGAGUGAAGUGACAAGAAAACUAUGAAGAUGAAAUGAAAUAUUUGGAAUGAAUUGAUGGCUAGAAAAUAUUUUUGGCUUUCGUCAUCUCUUAGUUAUGACCGCUGGUACAUUUUGGAGAAGUUUAGAGUUUGCAUUAUCUAGGGAACCAGGCCAAAAAGAGACAUCUCAAACAAACCAGUGAGACUUUUAUCUAGAGAAUUUACAAUAUACUGAUUGGGAUGA